CGCUCGCGGACGUGGCCGCGGAAGUGUGUGGCGGCUCCGGGCCGGCCGCAGCGCUCCGCCCCCCCCUCCCCGCGACCCCUCCGCUUGGCUCUGGGGGGACCCCGGCGGCACCGGCGGCCAUGUCGCGGGGCGGCGGGAAGGGGCCGAGCCUGAAGGACAAGCUGGACGGUAACGAGCUGGACCUGAGCCUUUGCGACCUGAACGAAGUGCCGGUCCGGGAGCUGGCCGCUCUUCCGAAAGCUACUGUGCUGGAUUUGUCCUGCAACAACCUCAUUUCCUUGCCGUCAGAUUUCUGCAGUUUGAUGCACCUGGUGAAACUGGAUUUGAGUAAAAACCGGCUCCAACAGCUGCCCCUGGACUUCGGCCGCCUGGUCAAUCUGCAGCACCUGGACCUCCUCAACAACCGUUUGGUCACUCUGCCUGUCAGCUUUGCACAGCUCAAGAACCUGAAGUGGCUGGAUCUGAAGGACAAUCCCCUGGAUCCUGUCCUGGCUAAAGUAGCAGGCGACUGUCUGGAUGAAAAGCAGUGUAAACAGGCUGCUGUCAAGGUGCUGCAGCACAUGAAAGCGAUCCAGUCCGAGCAGGAUCGGCAACGGCAGCGGAAGCUCCAGGCAGAGCGAGAAAUGGAGAAGAAGCGUGAGGCAGAACAGCGAGCAAAGGAGGCUCAAGAGAGAGAGCUGAGGAAGCGGGAGAAGGCAGAGGAAAAGGAACGCAGACGACGGGAGUAUGACGCUCAGAAAGCUGCAAAGCAGGAGGUGGAGAAGAAAACUAAAAAGGAAACGGUGCAGACCCGAAAGCCUGCCUCCAGCUCUCGUGCCCCUCAGCCUCCCCGGCACAAAGCCUCCUGGUCGCGCUCGGUGCUGCGGGUCCUGCUCCUGGUGCUGCUGUGCCUCCUCUGUGCCCUGGCCGCCUGCAAGCUGACGGAGCUGCGCCACCAGCCUCUGUGCAUCAGCGUCAACACUCUCUACGAGGACGUGGUCGCCGCUCUGCAAAACCACAAAACCCUGCAGAACAUGCUACAACAGAACUCGCAGCAGUGAUUGUCCUGGACGGGCACUUGCUUCGUCAGCAUCUCCCUCCACCAUCUACACAGCCAGAAUUCCUAUGGAAUUGUGUUCUGAUGGAACUGCUUUCGAUCAGCCAGCACUGGUUUGCUGGUCCACUCCACGCAGAGUUAUUGUUCAGAUCAGCUUUGCUGUGCAUGUUUUGCAGUUGGCCUGUAACUCCCAUUAUUUGCCCUCGUUCCCCUAAACUUGUUAAACUUGCCUCCAAGGGAUGGUUACCUAGAUUGUGAGAUGCAGAAAGCUGCCAGGCUGUAGGAGCAGAACAGACAAGCCCUUGUGUUAUCGGGGUAGCUGAGCUCAGACCUGGAGGUACAAGGUUUUUAAUACAUGCCCAUUCCUUGCUCUCAUUUCUAUUCCUGCUAAAAUCAGUGAUACAGCUGUAUGGGAAUGAUACAUUCAGGCCUUCUCCAGGGCCAAUUACCAGGUGUAGGAUGGCUGCGUGUCUGUGUGUCGGAGUGAAGAAGCUGAUGUACUAUGGAAAGGAGCUGAAAAUUUUCAAUACAAGAGUUUUCACAGCA